AUGUCCAAGGGCAAGAGUCCCGCAGCUGAAGAAGCUCCUGCAGCGAAGCAGCCUGAGCCAGUCCUCACAAUAGAAGACCUAGCUGCUAUUCUCGCUUCAGACAAUGUGGAAAUCUUGCAUUUGGGACUGGCAAGAUUCACAAAAAGUUGUAUUCGAGUAGCUGAGAAACGCGUCGAUGCCACGGUAUCCGCUGAGGGAGAUCUGCUUAGAGCUUACCUGAAACAUCAAAUUUCUAAAUUGGAAACAUACAUUCCGACUCUACUGUCGUAUCUGAUCCCAGCUGCUCGAAUGGUUACUGAGUCAAAAUCAUCGUCACUGACAAUCGCUCGAACUGUGGCUCAAGAAUGCAUGAAAGUUGUACAAAGAGGACUUGCAUCCGGAAAACAUACUAUUGAGCAAGCUAUGCUGAAGCUACUGGUGUCUGUGAUAUCACUUGGUGGUGGUAUGGCUAGAGAUAUCGUGACAAACUUCAACUUUACCAUGAAGACGCUUCCGAAACUCCUGGACGUUCGAAAGUCAAGUGAUCAGGAUAAUCAGAAGAAAGCUCGCGUUGAAGACGUACGAUCUCUGUAUAUAAGGUUCCUGCUUUCGUUCUUGGAGCAUGGUGAUGCAACUGCUAAAAAGUCCAUUUUGGAAAUCAAAGACUUGGUCUCGUCCAUCUUCAGAGGAAUGACAUCAGACUCGUAUGAGACAAUCAGCUACGUGUUGACAGUAUUGCGACGUGAUUUGGUGGAUGCAUCGGAUGUCCCAAAGUACAUGAACAUGGGGUUCUUUAACAACUUUGUGCUUGAACAGCUCUCAAGACUGUAUACACGAAAAGAAGCCGUCGCAGACCAAACAGCCACCAUCUCCGAUCUCGUAAAUACAUUCCUACAGCAUCUAUGUACUCAACCUGGUAUUGGUAUAUGUCAUGAAACAAAUGGAUGGUACCCAGUGCAAGCGGAGCCGGGAUCGACAAAGAAUUCAGGUGGCAUUCAGAACAAGACGUUGUCGCGCUUUUUGAAUAUGCUGAAACCUGCAGAAGAUGCUCAACAAGCUCAAUUGCUGCUGGAUAUAAUGCAGGCGUGUCCAGAGCUUGUAUCAGAAUUUUGGAGCUCGCCAUCUACAGCAUCUUUCGACCCACGACCAUCGUCCAAAUGGUUGGCCAUCAUGUCACUAGCUACUCGCAUAAUAUCACUCCCCAUUCCUCGAUUCGAUACGUCGAUACCACCACCUGUACAAACCACAUGUGAUAACAUCCUGCCACUGCCACUAACUAGACUGUUUAUAUCACGAGGCAUACAGCAUCCUGUAUGUCUAGUCAAGUACACGACUGCAUCAGUGCUAGCUUUAUCCCUUCAAAAGCUGGGUGUCCUUCAAGACAUGGCACAAAAGUGUGCAUCUCUAGCAGGAACAACUAGUGCAGCAUGGCAUGAAUGGGGUACGAACGUCACUGAUGAAGUGAGACGGCGCGUACCUGACUUCCAAGCUGUAAUUGCGAUGCAUCAUCAGGCUUUGUCUGAUACAUCAUCAGUCAAGGUGGAGGCUCUUGGAGAUGUGUCUAUAGACGCGGAAGAAGAAGCUUCGAAACUAUUGUUGGGAGUAUCACUCAAACUAUUUAGAGGAUAUGGUCGUCAAUUCCCAUCUAGUGUCGCCGAAUCGAGAUUUGAUUAUGGGAAGCUAGUACCAGUUGAUAUGACUGCUCUGCCAGUUGAUCUAGCUCAGCAUGUUGUUGGGUUGUUGAGUGAUUUGCAUGCAUCAUUCAAAUGGUGGAAUCGACAGACAUCAACACCAGCUGCAGACGGAUGCUCUCAUUUAGGAACAUUCUUGAAUCUGUUUAUAUCCAAAACCACGUUAAAACGAGAGACACGUAGACUAAUCGGUAAUCUCUUAAUGUCAUCCUUCUUAUUCCAAAACCAUCCCACCCAAGUAUCGAUAUUACUGUCAUGUCUUGAUGAAGCACCGAAAGAGCAGCAAUCUCAUCUCGUCAAGUUCCUGGACUCGGCAUUGUGUCUCGGUAUGAAGAACAUGUACCAAGUAGCUGAAUUGUUUCAAAGCACGAUUCAGGCUGCUGAAGCUGGCAUGUCAGAAACCAGCUUAAGAUUAUCAGGUGCGAAAGGACGACAAGCGCAGGAGUACCCUUUAUCACCAGGUCUUGUUUGCCUAGCUGAUAGUGCUACCGCAACAACUGAAAUCAGUGAUUUCAUGGUCUUGUUUAUGAUCCGUGUCUUUUGGGCUACGCAAACGUGUACUGAUUAUAUCACGCAGGUCGUCGAUCUCGUCAAGUCAGAUACUAUUAAGAGCCGGCUAGUCGAAACUCUUGGAUUAUACUCUGAAAAUAGUAUGCAGGUUGAUCAAGUCGAUAAAGCUGAAUCGAAACCACGUAAGAAGAAGGCAAAACUCGUACAUGCUACUGAAGAUGACGAUGUAUGGCGUACAAUGCUUGCCAUUCUUCAAAACCCAACCACGAGUGUCAUUCCAACGGCAUUAUAUACCAAACUACCAUUAUCAUUCUUGCUCCAUCAUAUAUUGUCGACUCGAAAUGUAAUACCGAAUUUCCAGGCUCGAGUCACUGGUAAUGUGAUUGUGUCGCUAGUCAAUCAGACGCUUCUUGAAUUGUCAAGAAAGCAGGAUGUAGUAACUGUGCUUGAUCAGCUGGUAGAAUUAGCUGCUGGAAAUCAAGUAGUGUGUGAUAUGAUAUUGAAACAUGCUAUUGUUCAAAAUAUAUAUCUCACCGAAGGUGUCAACUGUGAAGGGCUGACAAUGAUAAUCAACAAGCUGCUACCUUCAGCCAAAGCCCACAUUGACGCUUACAGAGAAAGGCUUGUCUCAGUGCUUCCAGCAGCGCUAACAAGCAAUGCUCCAUCGGAUCUAGUGUUUCCAUCUUUUUUGGCUCUGAAAGCUCAUCUAUCACCAUCAAUAAUUACACCCAUCUUGACUAAAGUAAAGCUAGAAGUAACUCCCGAUUCUAGUAUAAUCAAGCUAGUAGCAUCAGCUAUCUCGUUUCGUCUCCUACCACCGACACGAGAUCUACUACAACAAGUCAUAUCGCGUAUUGGCCAAGAUGAUGACAUGGCUUCCACGAUUGUAGGAUUACUAGAAGAAUGUCUAGUCUCAUCCAAGGAUCUAGUUAUGGACGUAACUAAGGCCCUGAGUAGUGAUUCAAUCCGUCAUAUAUUCGCAAUGAACAAUGCUAGUCUCAAAGUAGUGAUGGCGAUUAUUGAAUCCCAGAACACAAGUACCAUCAAAGCUAUAAUUGAAGAAUGUGCUGCAACGCAUUCGCUUGUAUAUCUUGCUUUACUGAUGUGUGCUGUUGACACUGAUGGAUGGAAGCCAACCAUUGAUUCGGAAAUGAAACAGCUAGUAAAAAGAUUUGACAAAACAAGCCGUAAAUCACGGAAACGGGAAUUGUUGAAUCGGAUUCAAGGAAAUGAAGGGUAUGAAGAAGGAAGUGCUGAUAUUAGCGUACUGGAGUUCGUCACUAGAGUCUUUGCAGACAAGUACGAUAUCAAGUCAGUACCAGACCGUAGUCGAGCAUCACCCCAAGAUGCAUUGCUAUGGUUGAACACGUACUGGAGUAUAUUGAAACGGACGUGUACCAUGGAUGUCCUUGGUCAAAUCGCUAUUGAUACGAUCAACAGUGUCGCAUCACUCGCAUCGCAACAAAUGGACACAGUUUGUGUUGGUCUUGCAGACAGCCUAAACAGUCACGUAAAGCUUGACUUGUCACAAGUAGAUAUCGAAGUAUGGCUGGAAAAAGCCUUGUCAAACCCCUCUAGUGGUCUGAUCACACUCAUCACAUCCUUGAUUCCUCGUAUAAAGAUAACUCUCCUCCCGAUAAUCAUGACGAAUAUUGUGAAGCCCGAUAUUCUAGCUUCCCCUAAUAGCCGUUUUCGAAUCGCCACACUGAAACUCAUAUUCUCUAUAAUCCAACUAGUCCCUCACCAGCACUGCAAAAUCGUGCACAUACCGGUACUACUAAAUGCAUAUAAAGCCACAACCGAAACAGGAGAUCUAGUAAUUCGAGAUAUAUUCGAAUUGUAUGAAUCGAAUGACAUAUCAUUGACUUCUCAUCUUUUGCAAUGGGGCUCUGGAGGAUUCUGGGCUGGGGGGAUUGAUGUUGCGUUAAUGGACAGGACUAUUCGAGGAUUUGAUGUGAAUGGAAACAAUGAGAGUACGGAUGCAUAUGAUGCCAUGUUUAUAGUCAGUGCUUUGGCGGCAGAGGUGCAAGAAGGAGGAUGUGCUAUACGACGGGCUGUUGAGUCUGGAGCUGUUGGAUUGGCAGUGAUGACAUUAGCUAGUACAGACUUGUCUGUUCGAAAGAUUGGUGGUUUUGUGUUGUCGAUUGUCAGAGCUUCCUUAGAGCUAUCAAUAUUCAAAGAACGUAAUCAAAUCAAACUCAUUCUUGAUGGACUGAAGAAUGCCAUUCCAGAUACAUCAUAUCGAGUACCUACCGUUUCAGCACUCUUUGUCGCCUUGUCUCUUCCCUUGAUGCUGAAGCCAGAAAGCAGCUUGUUUCCAUUGAUUAACAGAUAUUGGCUGCAGCGUGCUGUUGUUGAUUUAGAGGAUGUACCAAUGUAUUACGAACUCUUCUUUUCUGGAUCGGAUGAUUGUCGUAGAGAACGGUCUUGGAUGCUACGAGUGCUUGUGAAUGGUUUGAAAACAGAACAGGAUUAUCGUGUGUACAAGAGACGCCACGUAUUCGAAAACUUGAUGUCAUUCUUUUCAUCGACAUUCUGUGAUGCCAAUUCUCAGAAGCUGAUACUAGAGUUCAUGAUCACCACAACAUCCAUACCAACAAUCAUUAAAGACCUAAUCUACAAAUCGGGGCUGAUUUCAUUUAUGCACUCAUUAGUCAUGAUGCCCCAACAGCUAGUGCAAAGUUCGUCUUUAGCACAAGGAAGCUUGAUUCCAGUAUUGGUGUCUCGAGUCACUGAAUGUUUGAAAGAAGAGGAAGAUGGGGGGUUGAGGCUCUUGUUGAGUCCAACUAUCUUGGCUCUUCGGAACGUAUCGCAAAGAGAAUUGUAA